CGUAGUUUGGGACUAAUCUAGAAAAAUGAUCACUUCCUACGGAUCAAAGCGAUCCCAUGGAAAUUCGCAAAAUGUGAUAUCGAAGUAUGUGGAGUCCCGUACAACGCCAUUAUCGAUUCUGGGGCCGCUGUCUUAACUAUCUCACUACGAGUAGUCGAAAGAGCGAGAAGAAAGAAAGAUUGGAUUAUGCUUGCGGAGAAGGAUCAGCUAGUCUCAGCAGCUGGUCGACGACCUCCCCCUCGACUGACGAGAGCCCAGUACCACACGUUCUUUCGCGGAGAUUAACGUCGUACUUACAGUGGUCAGCCUGCCUGGAGGAUAGAACGGGAGGUGGCAGCUACCCAUCGCGCGCAGAGUACCUAGACCCCCAGGGGAUUAUCGACGUCCUCUUCUUUUCGCCUCAAACAGUGGUGGAGGAGAGAGCCGUGGCGGAGGAAGCGGAGGUGGAAGACGAAAGCGAGGAAGAAACCUCGGAGGAAGAGGAAAGUUACAGUGAGUACAACGAGGAGGAUCCCGGAGAAGAAGAAGAUGAAGAUCAGUUGGAGGAGGAGGAAGAAUCUGAGUGGGAGACUCUGGGUGAAGAGGCGGAUUGCGCAGAGGCUCAGGAGGAGGAUCCCGAGGCGGCAGCACGACAGAGAGAAGAAAUCAUGGCUGGGAAGCAGCCACUGGAGUACAAAAGCGGCGCGGAUCUGCCGAUCCUGAACGACCCAACCAGGGAUCUCAAGCCGCCCAAGAACGACGAUGGGGACUCCACUGCCGAGACUUCGAGCCCACCGGCGCGGAAAUGACGAAGCGGCUUCCGAUCCCCGUCCCCCCGUCCCCCAGUUCGAGCACGUGUCGAUGCGGGGCAUCGGGCUUCAUCCCCACUCA